AUGUUUAAUGGUGAUAAUUCUUUUCAAGAUGUUUCCAAAAUUGUUAGUCAAUAUACUGAUAAUGUAAAAAGUGCAUUGAUAGUUAUUAAUAGCUAUCUUCACAAGAGUGAGUUUAUUGUAUUUAAUCUUAAUAAGACAGAGAAUGAUCCACUUGCAAUUCGACUAAGAUUUAAUACACCAUUAAAUUUACAAAAAGAGAUAGAGUUAUGGCAAAAUUGCAAGCUAAAAAAUGCAUUGCCAGCUAAGUCCACAAAUUCUGAACUCAAAAAAACUGAAAAAUCAGCCAU